AUGACGGACAGGCUUACUCAAUUACAGGUGUGCUUAGAUCAAUUGGUCGAACAAUUUAAUGCUACAGUCAACUAUGUUAAUACCAAUAGUGAACCUGGGUUAUUGGAUGAAGAUCCGUCGUCGGUGUCAAAUUUAGCUGCUAAUGCACCAAUCCCAGGUGUUCAGCAGCAGCCAUCACAAGGUAGUGGGAAGGGAAGCAAUAAACAGACAAAUGCUGGAAAUAGUGUGUCAAACCAACCGUCAGCCAAAGCAGAGGCCGAGUCGAAUUUUGAGAAUACAAUCAAUGAGUUGUCUACAGACAUAAUACUCAAGUCAAGACAGAUAACGAUGCUUAUUGACUCGUUGCCGGGAAUUGGUGUGUCGCCUGAAAGCCAAUUGAAUAUGGUGGAGGACUUAGCGAAACAGUUGGAAGAAGUAGAGAAAGAGAGAAUCAAGAAAAUUGAAGAGAAAGACAAGUUGUUGAAGUGGUGUGAGUCGUUGAUAGUAGAAGUAGCGACGGGCAUUUCCGAAACUAGGGAAUAG